GAUGCAUGUGCGCCGUUCUCCUUCCACAUACGAGAUACGAGGAACCGGAGGAACAAAGAGGAGGAAAGAUGAAGAGUGCAAAGGGAUCAGCUACAAUUGUUUUAAACAAUAAAUUUAUUAUUUCUCCUGUGGAACCUAAUAAUCCCUUAACCUUGUUGGAGUAAAGUGUGGUAAUUGAGAGUACAAAAUUCAAAAUGAUUGAAUCUUGCACGAAGAAGCGAAUGUUGUUAGGUAUUACAUUCUUAGGAGGACUAACAGUUCUAGCGCUAAUUAUUGAGAGCCACUGGACGAACAGUUCAAGUAAGCUUUAUGUCGACAAUUACGAGAAUAAUUCAUCCUGUAUCUCUGGUGAGGAGUACGAGGUGAUAUCCGAGUGUCAUCCAUGCACGGCUUUUGAGAUUGCUAGUGAAAGCAUUGGUAUUUGUGUUCAUGCAAGGUACAAGGAAGUGCUGAAAUGCAAGAGUGGUGAAACAAUAACAAGAAGUUGCGACAAAGUAGCCUGGCUGGAGGAAAGAGCAUUCUGGAAGUUUGAGGGCUUCAUGUUUGGCACUGCAAUCAUCUCUUGCUUUGCCGUGUACUGGAGAGAAAAUAUAUUAAGACAAAGAAUAAUCAGAAAAGUAGCAAAACAAUUGCGAAUUAGUGUAUGAGUACCAUCAAAAGCGUGUGAAAGAAUUUUAUAUUU